UAAACUCGAGUAUAAAAGGCUCAUUAAAGCCAGUCCUUCAGCGUCUUCACUUAGCACUCCUAGCAGAGAGGUUAAGUUGGUUCCUGGCUCCUUAUUUCAUCCCUCUAAAUCAGCAGCAGGAAACAUGCGGGAGUGUAUCUCGAUGCACGUUGGCCAAGCCGGUGUCCAGAUUGGCAAUGCCUGCUGGGAGCUCUACUGCCUGGAGCACGGGAUCCAGCCGGACGGUCAGAUGCUGGACAAGACCAGCGGAGGAGGGGACGACUCCUUCACCACCUUCUUCAGUGAGACCGGCGCCGGGAAGCACAGCCCCAGGGCCAUCUUUGUGGACCUGGAGCCCACGGUCAUCGAUGAGGUGCGCACCGGGACUUACCGCCAGCUGUUCCACCCCGAGCAGCUGAUCACCGGCAAAGAGGACGCCGCCAACAACUACGCCCGCGGCCACUACACCAUCGGCAAAGAGAUCAUCGACAUGGUGCUAGACCGGAUCCGCAAACUGGCGGACCAGUGCACCGGCCUCCAGGGCUUCCUGGUUUUCCACAGCUUCGGCGGCGGCACCGGCUCCGGUUUCACCUCCCUGCUGAUGGAGCGUCUGUCCGUGGACUACGGCAAGAAGUCCAAGCUGGAGUUCUCGGUCUACCCGGCCCCCCAGGUGUCCACGGCCGUGGUGGAGCCGUACAACGCCAUCCUGACCACCCACACCACGCUGGAGCACUCGGACUGUUCCUUCAUGGUGGACAACGAGGCCAUCUACGACAUCUGCCGCAGGAACCUGGACAUCGAGCGCCCGUCUUACACCAACCUGAACCGGCUCAUCAGCCAGAUCGUGUCCUCGGUCACCGCCUCCCUUCGUUUCGACGGCGCCCUCAACGUGGACCUGACGGAGUUCCAGACCAACUUGGUGCCCUACCCUCGCAUCCACUUCCCCCUGGCCACCUACGCGCCGGUCAUCUCGGCCGAGAAGGCUUACCACGAGCAGCUCUCGGUGUCCGAAAUCACCAACGCCUGCUUCGAGCCGGCCAACCAGCUGGUGAAAUGCGACCCUCGCCACGGCAAGUACAUGGCCUGCUGCCUCUUGUAUCGCGGAGACGUGGUGCCAAAGGACGUGAACGCCGCCAUCGCCACCAUCAAGACCAAGCGCUCCAUCCAGUUUGUGGACUGGUGCCCCACCGGUUUCAAGGUGGGCAUCAACUACCAGCCGCCCACGGUGGUUCCCGGGGGCGACCUGGCCAAGGUGCAGAGGGCCGUGUGCAUGCUGAGCAACACCACGGCCAUCGCCGAGGCCUGGGCUCGCCUCGACCACAAGUUCGACCUGAUGUACGCCAAGCGGGCCUUCGUCCACUGGUACGUCGGCGAGGGGAUGGAGGAGGGCGAGUUCUCGGAGGCCCGGGAAGACAUGGCGGCGCUGGAGAAGGAUUACGAAGAGGUCGGAGCCGACAGCGUGGGAGAGGAGGAGGAUGACGGAGAGGACUAUUGAGCAGGAAUCUGUUUAUUGAUAUCUAAAUAAAGUUUUAGUUCACUGCA